AUGGAUGUAGUUCAGUCAGCCUCAACAGAAAUCACGACUGCUGAGAAAUCCUUCAAGAAAAUACCCAGUGUCCUUCUGGACAGCCUAGUGGAGGAACCUAAAAAAAGAUGUGCUGUUCCCAAUCACCUGCUGGAAACAAAGAUUUAUUCAGAACGUCACAGGAGCAAAGUUGUACAGGCUGAGCCUGCUGUGCUGCACUAUGGAGGGUAUGAAGUUGGAAGACAUCACCAACAGACACUGAAGCUAAUAAAUACUUCUGUUGAUGUAAUAAGCCUUCACAUAAUACCACCUCAGACAAAGUAUUUUCAGAUCAAAUACAACAAAACACACCGGCUUGUCCCUGGCUUGUCAUAUGUGAUUACUGUUGACUUUUGUCCUGAUGAGUGGCGGUACUACUAUGACUGCAUCCGAAUUCACUGUCAGGGGGAUGAUACAUUAGUUGUUCCUGUGCAUGCUUACCCUGCUAUGAAUGUUGUAGAAUUUCCAUCAUUUAUAAAUCUGUCUGAUGUUCCAGUUGGUCAAAGUAAGAAGUAUGUUAUCCCGUUGCAGUGCAGCUGUCCAGUAGAUUUUGAAUUUCACAUUGAUUUAAUUCAGCCUCACAGAGCCUUCACUGUCCAGCCAACAUAUGGAAUCAUUCCAGGCAAUGGGAAAGUGGAAUUAACUGUGAAAUAUUCCCCACUUGCGUAUGGAACAGCACAAAUGACAAUGCAGUUACGGAUUUCACAAUUUAAGUCAAAACCCUAUGUAUGUGUAUUCACAGGAACAUCAACACCACAUCUGGGUCUAACAAAAGAACAUUUUGACAAACUACGAAGUCAUCCAGAGAAAAAAGCUGCAUCUGCUGGAAAAUUUGUGGUGUGGAGAAGAGACCAAUUCAGUCGACCACGAUCAAGACCUAUUCAAAAAGUAAAGGAAAUUGAAUACCAGAACCUCAGAUUCCCCACAGACUUGUCAAAUCCGUAUGCUGUAGCUACUGUUUUGAAUCAGGAACCAGGCAAAUUGAGGAUUAAGGACUUGAAAGAAGUCCUUUCCCAAGACUGUGAAGGGAUAAAAACAAGACAGAUGAAAGAAACUCUAUUUCAACUGAAAGUUAAACAAAAUAUUCAGGAAGAGGAAGCAAAUCAUCUGAAGUGGCAAGUUCAUAAAGGCCAAGAUCCAAUCUCUGUGGAAUUUAAGAAAGAGGUUAUUGAAAACCGACAGAGGGAAGAAGAACAAUACAAGAUCCAGAGAGGAGAUCCUAUCGUAGAACAGGAAUUUCAAAGGAACGAAGCAGAAGUUUCUUUCAGGCGUGUUAUCCGGCCUGUGGACCAGUAUCCAAGUGUCCAUCCCACAUUUGACCUGCUCCGUAAUGACCCUUGGGACAACAGACACAGGAUGUUCAGGAAAUUCCAACAAGCAGCAUACAGGAUUGUUAUACAGAAUCGGCUAAAUCGUUUACUGCUUUUGUUCCGUGGGCUAAGAAGAGAAGCCAGAGGCUUGGAGGAAGGCUCUGUGUAUG